AUGCCCAGGCUUGACUUAAACCCUCUGACAGCACAAAGCCUUCAACGAACCCCUAAUUCUGGCUUAUGCAACCUAACUGCCGACAUCUAUACCUUCGUCGACCAUCCGCACCUUGACGCAAAAUUGAGUCAACCGUCCGACACCAAUAAAAAACCGACCUCUACAUACCACAAAGUAUUUAGUGGAAAGAAAUAUCGACCGAAUGAGUUUUUCCAGGAGCCUAUUGCCCCAGAAUCGGAAGUGUAUAUUGGCAUGCUACUUGCCGCGCUCUACUUCGACGCCACAUCUCGCUUUCAGAUCCGCGUUCUGCAUUUCCGCCCUUCGAGAACCAAGAUAUCUCCUUGUCCAUACUGA